UCCGCCCUCCUCCUCCGGGCUGCCCUUGGCGCCGACCCUCUCCUCCACUUCUCCUCCACCUCCGAGAACUUCACCGUGGGCAGCCCAUACGAAUCCAACCUCGACAAGCUCACCAAGACCCCUUCCUCGGGCUUCGGCCUCGGCUCCAUCGGCCAAUACCAAGACCAGGACUAUUCAUUGAAACACAUCUCCAACAACUAUGGCCUCACACUGUGCCGGGGCGACACAUCGCCAUCGGACUACAAGGCCUGCGUGGUGGAUGUUGUCGCCGAGAUCCACCGCCGCUACCCUCACAACAAGGGGGCAAUAAUCUGGUACGACGACUGCAUGUUCAAGUACCUUGACAGCGACUUCUUUAGCCAGAUCGACAAUGCCAACAAGUUCUACAUGUGGAACCUGAAAAAUGUGAGCGACCCGAAGGCGUUCAACGGCAAGGUAAGGGGGCUGCUGACCGGGCUGGUCGAGGAGGCUUACAUGAUGCCAAAGCUAUACGCGACUAGAGAGAUGGGACUGGAGGAUAAGACGAAGCUAUACGGAUUAGUGCAGUGCACGAGGGAUCUGUCGGCGACCAAGUGCAAGGAGUGUCUUGAGGGCGCAAUCGGCGAGCUUCCAAGCUAUUGCGACGGGAAGGAAGGGGGGCGAGUGGUUGGCGGGAGCUGCAACUUCCGAUACGAGAUUUACCCUUUUGUCAAUGUUUAA